AUGGUACGUGGUCGAGGAAAGUUACUUUUUGAGUGGUUUGCUAAGCCCCAUUCAUCCGUUCUGCCGCAGCAAAUUCCAAAUCUGGGUACGCUAACACUUCAGUGGCGCACAGCGACGGGAGGCGUUGGAACACUAGGCGACUAUGAGCUGAUGAAUGUGCCCGAGCAAACGCAGGCGCUUGAAUUGCGGCUGGUGUCAUUCCCGCCUUCUGUCGAGGUUGAUCGUCCAUUCACUGUGGAGCUGGAGGCCAUCAACAGGCUGCAUACAGGCUUGCAACUCAUGCUCAGUAUUAAAGUGUCGGAACUCGAGCCUUUUGUUCUAGAAGGCCCAAGACAGUUGACUCUUGGGCCCCUCGGUCCCCGGUCUUCAAAGAAAUUCUCCUUUGAAAUGCUUUGCCUUCAACCAGGAUUCCAUUCGUUGAGAGGAAUUCAGAUCUACGACUCCACCACCCAGCAGCGGACAGGCGUCAGCCCGCCUUGUCACAUUCUGGCGUUUUAG